UAUAGUUUCAAUCAGUCUCACAAAUUUCUACUAAGAAAAAGAGUUAGGGUUAGCGAUUUGACCAAUCACCAUGUCUUCAACAACCACGAAGAUGAUCACCCUGAAGAGUUACGACAACGAAAUCUUUGAGGUCCCCGAGGCGGUGGCGCUCGAAUCACAGACAAUCAAGCACAUGAUCGAGGACGAUUGUGCCGACAACGCAAUCCCAGUUCAGAACGUUACCGGCAAGAUAUUAGCGAAGGUGAUUGAAUACUGCAAGAAGCAUGUGCAGGUGGCGAGUGCCGAUGAAAAACCUUCAGAAUCAGAAGAAUAUCUUAAGAAUUGGGAUGCUGAUUUCGUUAAGGUUGAUAAGGAGACGCUUUUUGAACUCAUCCUUGCUGCAAACUACUUGGAUAUCAAGAGUCUACUGGAUCUUACCUGCCAGUCUGCGGCGGACAUGAUGAAAGGGAAGACGCCCGAGGAAAUGCGUGAGAUGUUUAACAUCAAGAAUGAUUUCAGUCCAGAGGAAGAAGCAGCAAUUCGUGCAGAAAACAAAUGGGCAUUUGAAUGAAUUAAAUUUGGGUGCAAUUUGGAUUUAUUAUGCUUUAUGUUUCUUUUUGUUUUGUUUACCUUUCUGUUUAUUUACUAUGUUCAUUAGUAUAGGAUGUGUUCUCUUCUAGUUUGUGUUUCUGGUUUUUUUAGGCUUGGAUAUGUUUCUUCUUGUUUGACCUUCA